AUGUGGCUGUCAGGUUUGGAGGACCUUGUGGUUGACGAUGUUCACAACCACCUUGGUCUGCCCUUUUUGAAUGUUGGCGAGAGAUGCAACAUUGCUGGUUCCCUCAGGUUCAAGAAGCUCAUGAUGGCGGGUGACUAUGCAACUGCCAUGGAUAUCGCUAAGCAGCAGGUUGAAGAUGGAGCACAUGUCAUUGAUAUCAAUGUUGAUGAUGGCAUGCUUGACGGUUUGGCUGCCAUGCAGAAGUUUGUGAAGAUUGCUGUCACUGAGCCAGAGAUCUCGAAGGUCCCCUUCAUGUUGGAUGCAUCCAAGUUUGACAUUGUUGUGGCCGGCCUGAAGUGGUGCCAAGGCAAGCCCAUCAUCAAUUCGAUCUCCCUCAAGGUUGGCGAGGAGCUGUUCAUUCAGCAUGCCACUCUCUUGAAGAAGCAUGGUGCAGCUGUUGUUGUGAUGGCCUUUGAUGAGCAAGGACAGGCUGCCACAGAAGAGGAGAAGGUCCGCAUCUGCAAGAGGUCUUACGAUGUCCUUGUGAACAAGGUCAAGUUUCCUCCUGAAGACAUCAUCUUUGACCCCAAUGUGUUGACCAUUGGAACUGGAAUGGAGGAGCACGCCAACUAUGGUGUUGACUUCAUCAAGGCCACCAAGCGCAUCAAGGAGGAGUGUCCUUAUGUUAAGAUCAGUGGAGGAAUUUCCAACCUGUCCUUUGGCUUUAGGGGAGUGACCAAGAUUCGUGAAUCCAUCCAUGCUGUGUUCCUCCACAAUGCCAUCCUGGAAUCUGGUAUGGAUGUUGGCAUUGUCAAUGCUAAUGAAAUGUUGAUGCUUGGUGAAGUCGAUGGCCCACUGAGGACGGCUUGUGAGAAUCUUGUGUUCAACAAGACUGAAAAUGCCACGGACGUCAUGCUGGAAUUCACACAGAAGGAAAAGGCUGCCGUUGAAGCCCGAAAGAAGGGUGGUGGUGGUGCUGCUGCUAAAGUCCAGGAGAAGUCUUGGAGAGAUUUUGAGGCCAAGAAACGUUUGGAGCAUGCACUUAUUAACGGCAUUUCUCAAUAUGUGGACAAGGAUGUUGAAGAAGCCAGGCAGCUCGCAUCGAAGCCUCUCGAAGUUAUUGAAGGGCCAUUGAUGGAUGGCAUGAAUGUUGUUGGUGAUCUCUUUGGUGCUGGAAAGAUGUUCCUCCCACAAGUUAUCAAAUCUGCUCGAGUUAUGAAAAAGGCCGUGGCAUAUUUGCUGCCGUUCAUGGAAGAAGAGAAGAAGGCGAAGAUGCUUGCGGAAGGCCUGAACCCAGAUGAUUUCGACGAGCACGAUGCGUCGAAUUUCGCCGGCAAAGUCCUCAUGGCUACGGUGAAAGGCGAUGUGCAUGACAUUGGAAAAAAUAUUGUUGCAGUUGUUCUUGGAUGCAAUAAUUACAAGGUUUACGAUAUUGGAGUGAUGUGCACAUGUGAGAAGAUUCUCGAAAAAGCGAAGGAGUAUGACGUUGACGUGAUUGGUCUUUCUGGUUUGAUCACUCCUUCUUUGGAUGAGAUGGUUGACGUUGCCAAGGAAAUGUCGAAAGCGGGCUUCAAACAACCUCUUCUCAUCGGUGGGGCAACUACGUCCAAGAUGCACACCGCAGUCAAGAUUUCCCCGAACUACUUCACUUUGGAGCAUCCCGUGAUCCAUGUUCUGGAUGCGUCUCGUUCGGUUACCGUGGUUUCGUCGCUUCUGGGCGAAGGCAAGGAGGAUUACGUGCAGGAUAUUUUAGAAGAGUAUGACGAAAUGCGAGAAGACUACUAUGCCGGGUUGGAAGAUCGUUACUUCCUCACCUUCGAACAAGCUCGAGAACGGAAAAUGACGAUCGAUUACGAUGCGGUUCCUCCUGCUCCGGCACCGAAGAAACUGGGAACAACGGUAAUUGAUUCCGUUUCGAUUGCGGAUGUUGUGCCGUAUAUUGAUUGGAACCCCUUCUUCCAGACAUGGGAAUUACGAGGACGCUACCCAAACCGUGGUUAUCCCAAGAUCUUCAACGAUGAAGCCGUGGGAACCGAGGCCAAGAAGCUCUUUAAUGACGCGCAGGACAUGAUGAAGAAGAUCAUCGAGGACAAGAGCAUGAACCUGAAGGGUGUCGUUGGACUGUACGCCGCCAACAGGAGUGAGGAUGGCGAGGAUGUGCACAUCUACGAGACCGAGGAGGACAGAGAAUCUGGCAAGCCCUCGAACACUUUCUGCAUGUUGCGUCAACAGGCAGAGAAGGAAUCGGAUGAUCCCUACCUGUCGCAAGCUGAUUUUAUCGCACCGAAGGGUUACAAGGAUCACUUGGGUAUGUUCGCCGUCUCGUGUUUUGGAUGCGAUGCCCUGGUGACCAAGUACGAGUCAGAGAACGAUGAUUACAGCAAGAUCAUGGCCCAGGCUCUUGCGGAUCGUUUUGUCGAGGCUUUCGCUGAGUACUUGCACCGUUCCAUCCGAACGGAAAUGUGGGGCUACGCUGCUGGCGAGCAGUUGAACGAAGCGGAUCUUUUGAAGAUCAAGUACGACGGAAUUCGUCCAGCUCCUGGCUACCCCUCGCAACCUGAUCACACGGAGAAGAAGACCAUGUGGGACGUCAUCAAGGCGAAGGAAUUGGCCGGAAUCGAGUUGAGCGAGUCUCUCAGUAUGAUGCCCGCAGCCUCCGUUUCCGCUCUUGUUUUCGCCCAUCCUCAGUCGCAAUACUUUGCUGUCGGUCAGGUCGGCAAGGAUCAAGUCGAGAGCUACGCCGCAAGAAAGAAGAUGGAGCUCUCUGUGACUGAGCGUUGGUUGUCGCCAAUCCUCAACUACGAACGUGACUGA